AUGGUGAACAAAGAAGAAACACUUUCUUCAGCGGGUGUGUCAAAAAUCUUGGUAGCCUUGACGCAAAUAUCCAUAAAAUUGGACAAACAAAAUGAAGGUCUUUAUCAAAUUCGAAAGAAUGUUGUUCAAGGAGGAAAUCACACGGAUAGUGCUUGCCUUGGACAAAGGAAGGUACAAUCUUAUCAUGGGAUUGAUGCUGGUUUCCAAAGGAGUACUUCCUACCAAGAACAUGAUUAUAAUCAAAGACAAAGAAUUCAAUAUUAUGAGUCAAUCAAAAAAUGUCGUGCACAAGAACAUCAAGGUCCCUUCAUAGCAAGUCAAGAAGCUAUUGCGAAGACAACGAUGAUUAAAGAAAGAACAAGAUUUCGUCUAGCUGAGCAGAGGAGAAUUGAAGAAGAAAAAGCUAAAGAAGUUCAAUGA